AUGGCCGCUCCGCGCGCCGCGCCCCCGCGCCGGCCCCGGCCCCGGCCCCGGCCCCGGCUCCCGCCGCUCCCGCCGCCGCUGCUGCUGCUGCUGCUGCUGCCCGCGCCCAGCGGCGGUCUUGACCACUCUGCCGAACUGGCCUUUGCUGUGGAGCCAAGCGAUGAGGUUGCAGUCCCUGGGCAGCCUGUGGUGCUGGGCUGCAGGGUGGAAGGGACCCCUCCAGUGCGAAUCACCUGGAGGAAGAAUGGGGUGGAGCUGCCGGAGGGUCCUCACCCCACCGUGCUGGCCAAUGGGUCCUUGGUGAUCCGGCACUUCCAGCCGGAUCAAGGAGACGGCCCUUCAGAUGAGGGCGACUAUGAGUGUGUGGCUCAGAACCGCUUUGGGCUGGUGGUUAGCCGGAAGGCUCGCAUCCAGGCAGCAACCAUGUCGGACUUCCACGUGCACCCCCAGGCCGUCGCCGGCGAGGAGGGCGGCGUGGCCCGCUUCCAGUGCCAAAUCCACGGGCUUCCCAAGCCCCUGAUCACGUGGGAGAAGAACAGAGUCCCCAUUGACACGGACAACGAGAGGUACACGCUGCUGCCCAAGGGCGUCCUGCAGAUUACGGGGCUCCGGGCCGAGGACAGCGGCGUCUUCCACUGCGUGGCCUCGAACAUCGCCAGCGCCCGUGUCAGCCACGGGGCCAGGCUCACCGUGUCCGGCUCCGGCUCCGGGGUCUACAAGGAGCCGACCAUCCUCGUGGGGCCUGAGAACCUCACCCUGACGGUGCACCAGACGGCGGUGCUGGAGUGUGUCGCCACGGGCAACCCGCGCCCCAUUGUGUCCUGGAGCCGCCUGGAUGGCCGGCCCAUCGGGGUGGAGGGCAUCCAGGUUCUGGGCACCGGGAACCUCAUCAUCUCCGACGUGACGGUGCAGCACUCGGGCGUGUACGUCUGUGCGGCCAACAGGCCGGGCACGCGGGUGCGGAGGACUGCACAGGGCCGGCUGGUGGUGCAAGCCCCAGCAGAGUUUGUCCAGCACCCCCAGUCCAUCUCCAGACCAGCCGGGACCACGGCCAUGUUCACCUGCCAAGCCCAGGGGGAGCCGCCCCCUCACGUCACGUGGUUGAAGAAUGGACAGGUGCUGGGGCCCGGAGGCCACGUCAGGCUCAAGAAUAACAACAGCACCCUGACCAUCUCCGGAAUCGGCCCGGAAGAUGAGGCCAUCUACCAGUGCGUGGCCGAGAACAGCGCCGGCUCCUCGCAGGCCAGCGCCAGGCUGACCGUGCUGUGGGCGGAGGGGCUGCCCGGGCCCCCCAUCAACGUGCGGGCGGCCUCCGUGUCCUCCACCGAGGUCCGCGUGUCCUGGGACGAGCCCCUGGUCAACACCAAGGAGAUCAUCGGCUACGUCCUGCACAUCCGGAAGGCCGCGGACCCCCCGGAGCUGGAGUACCAGGAGGCAGUCAGCAAAGGCACCGCGCAGCACCUGGUGAGCGACCUGGAGCCCUCCACGGCCUACAGCUUCCACAUCAAGGCCUACACCCCCCGGGGGGCCAGCUCCGCCUCGGCCCCCGCCCUGGCCAGCACCCUGGGCGAAGCCCCCGCCCCGCCGCCCCUGUCGGUGCGCGAGCUGGGCAGCUCCACGCUGCAGCUGCUGUGGGAGCCCUGGCCCCGGCUGGCCCUGCACCGCGGCGGCUUCAAGCUCUUCUACCGCCCAGCGAGCAGGGCCGCCUUCACCGGCCCCGUCGUGCUGCCCGGAACGGCCUCCUCCUACAACCUCAGCCAGCUCGACCCCACGGCGGUGUACGAGGUGAAGCUGCUCGCCUACAACCAGCACGGGGAGGGCAACGCCACGGUCCGCUUUGUGUCCCUGAGGGGGGCGUCUGAGAGGACAGCGCUGGGCCCGCCGUGCGACUGCCGGAAGGAGGAGGCCUCCGGCCAGAUGUCCACCACAGGCAUCGUCGUCGGCAUCCACAUCGGGGUCACCUGCAUCAUCUUCUGUGUCCUCUUCCUCCUGUUCGGCCAAAGGGGCAGGGUCCUCUUGUGUAAGGAUGUAGAAAACCAGCUGUCGCCUCCUCAGGGCCCCCGGAGCCAAAGGGACCCUGGCAUCCUGGCCCUGGACGGGGCCAGACUGGGAGAUCGGGGCCCCCUGGGCCGAGGCGAGAAACGUGCAGACAUGAAGGAGCUGGAGCAGCUGUUUCCCCCGGCGGGGGCGGGGGGCCAGCCAGACCGAGGCCCCGGCCCCGGCCCCGGCCCCUCGCAGGACGCCGCGGCCGCUGCCCCGUGUGAGGACGCCCCGCUCUCCGUGCUGCCGCGUCAGGGGUCCGGCCUUCGGGAGGCGAGGACGGCGGAGGCCCAGGCUCCCUGCGCAGGCCUCGCCGCCACCCCCCCACCUCAGGACGCAGGCUCCGGCCUCCUCGGUGAAGGACACGCCGCCCGGCCUUCCUCUGCGCCAGCUGCCCAGCCGGCUCUCUCGGGACAGUAG